CGGGAGCCGGUCGCCCCGCCCCCCAGCGCGGUCAGUCUCUAUAAGAGGCGGCCGGCAGCUGCGCGCGCCCUUCUCGAGCCGGCCCAGGUGGUUGUGGGCUCUACUCUGUCUUUCUCUGCUGGCUUUUCCUCGACUGACCGUGGUCAUCGCCCAUAGCGCGGCGGCAUGGCGGCCCCGGCAGCCUUCGCUCUGAAGGGCCCGUGGGCGGCGCGGCUUCUGCGGUCGGCAAUCAACCUCUCUUGCCGCUCUCUGCACAUCUCAGCGGCCAGGAACGAGGCCGUCGUGAUUUCUGGGAGGAAGCUGGCACAGCAGAUCCGGCAGGAGGUCCGGCAUGAGGUGGAGCAGUGGGUGGCUUUGGGCAACAGAAGGCCCCACCUGAGCGUGGUCCUUGUCGGCGAGGAGCCGGCGAGUCACUCGUACGUGCUCAACAAGACCAAGGCAGCGGCAGACGUAGGCAUCAGCAGUGAGACCAUCCUGAAGCCGGCCUCCAUCUCCGAAGAGGAGCUCCUGGACCUGAUCGGCAAGCUCAACGAGGACGACGGCGUGGACGGCCUUCUGGUGCAGCUGCCUCUCCCGGAGCACAUCGACGAGCGACGGGUGUGCAACGCCGUGGCCCCGGAGAAGGAUGUAGACGGCUUCCAUGUGAUCAAUGUGGGCCGCCUAUGCCUGGAUCAGAGCUCCAUGCUGCCCGCCACGCCGUGGGGCGUCUGGGAGAUCAUCCAGAGGAUGGGCAUCCCCACCCGCGGCAGGAAUGUGCUGGUGGCCGGCAGGUCCAAAAACGUGGGCAUGCCCAUCGCCAUGCUGCUGCACACGGACGGACGGCAUGAGCGACCUGGAGGGGAUGCUACCGUGACCAUCUCUCACCGAUACACUCCCAAGGAGCAGCUGAAGAAGCACACGAUUCUGGCAGACAUUGUGGUGUCAGCCGCAGGCAUUCCUAAUCUGAUCACAGCCGACAUGAUCAAGGAGGGUGCUGCGGUCAUCGACGUGGGCAUCAAUCGGGUCCGAGACCCCGUCACGGCCAAGCCCCGGCUGGUGGGAGAUGUGGAUUUCGAAGGAGUGAGGAAGAAGGCCGGCUACAUCACGCCCGUGCCCGGCGGCGUGGGCCCCAUGACGGUCGCCAUGCUCAUGAAGAACACCAUCAUCGCUGCCAAGAAGCUGCUCAAGACCGGCGAGCAGGAGGCCGUGAAGGCCAAAGCGCUGGCCGCGGCCUCCUCCUAGCCCGCCGCCGCCCCGGGAAGCAGAGUGGCCGCUGGGCCCGCGGGAUGCAGUCCUUUAAUUUAUUGCUGGAGAGGCUGGUGUGAAGCCGCUCCCGCCCCCUCCAGGCCUCCAGACCGUCAUGUGCACACAAACCCUGAGGGGUGGAACAGAGGUGGGGCUGGCAGGGGACCUUCUGGGGGACCCUGGGGGGGGGUCUCUGGAAGGGUCGAGUCCAGGGAUCCCCGCUGGACAGAAGGGGCGCCCUUGGGGGCUCUGAGAGGCGUGGCCCAUCCCCCCAUAACCAAAGAAUUGUCUGUGGCUGCCGGCCGCCCCCCUUCGCUCCUUGUGGCCUUUCCCGAGAGUCGGGGAGCUUGUGGUGCUGCCUGAGUGACCCGGCGGACUUUUGAUUAAAGCUUUUUGUAAAAAACA